AUUGUCAUUGAUCGAACUCGCAUCUACUUCACUUUUUGUCUACGGCACAAAUAAUUUGUUCGAUCUUGUGUAUCAUUGUAUGAUUUUGUUAUUUUCGUGAGUAGACUUUUUUUGGCAAUUUGUACAAAAUGGAAUGUUUAUUAGGAAUACGUUUUAACAAAUUCGUUAUAAUUGCCGCGGACAUGACAAACGCGCACAGUAUAGUGGUUAUGAAAAAUGAGGAAAAUAAAAUUUACGAAAUGACUGAUCACAUAGUAAUGGGAAUCAAUGGCGAAAGUGGAGAUACCACUCAAUUUGCAGAGUUUAUUGCUAAGAAUAUUCAAUUAUACAAAAUGCGAAAUGGAUAUGAAGUCAGUACUGUUUCCGCAGCUAAUUUCACUAGAAGGAAUUUAGCUGAUGCUCUGAGGAGUCGGAAUGCCUACCAUGUAAAUAUGCUGAUUGGAGGUUACGAUAAAGAAGGAGGCCCACAACUUUAUUUUAUGGAUUACUUGGGAGCGUGUGUAAAUUUGCCUUAUGCUUGUCAUGGAUAUGGAGGUUUCUUCUCAUUAAGCAUAAUGGAUCGAUAUUAUCAAAGCGAUAUGUCAGAAGAGGAAGCUUAUGCCAUAAUCAAAAAAUGCAUUACUGAAAUUCACAAAAGACUCAUCAUCAAUCUACCUAACUUUAAAGUCGUUGUAGUCAAUGAAGAUGGUGUAAAAUACAUGCCUAAUAUAACACCAAAGGAUUUGGUGGAUGCAUGAAACUUAAUUGUAUUUACUUGUGAUGGAGCAUUUUGAAUAAUAAAAUUACUUAAAAUUAAGUCAAAGUUUUAUUAAGAAUUAUGUAAAAUGAAUACUUUUUAAAUACACUUAUUUUGGAAA